AUGGAAAAAAGCACAAGUGUGAAUGAUGAUAAUAAUAAUAAGAGCUUGAAAGAUCACGCUAUUUGUGCUGGAUCAAAUAAUAAUGGUAUGAUCAAGGAUUCAUCAUCAAUAGUAGAUAAUCCUUAUAAUUGGUCAUGGAAAAACAACAUCUACAACAAUAGUAGUUGUGAUCAAGAUAGUAGUUCAAUUGGAGAUGGAGGAGAGUUGCUAGGGGGGUUCUCUUGGCCACCAAGGUCUUACACUUGCACCUUUUGUAAAAGAGAGUUUAAAUCAGCUCAAGCUCUUGGUGGUCACAUGAAUGUUCAUAGGAGAGAUAGAGCUAGGCUUAGACAAAUAAUGCCAUCUUCUAAUUACACCACUUUGCUUAACCUUAAUAGCCUCCAUCCAAACCCUAACCCUAACCCUAGUAGUAAUUUCUCACCAUAUUUUUCAUCAAAUUUGCCAUCAUCCAUCCCAAAGAUGUCUUUGUCUCCGAUGAUGUCCUCAUCCACUGCUCCCUCUUCCACACCACAUAACUCGCCGUACGUCCCACCAUCGUAUACCACCCACCCGUCGUAUCGUUUCUGUCCUAGAUCAAACGGUGCUAGUUUGAAAUCACAAAUACCCUCCUUUAGGGUUUGUAAAUUUGAUGGUUUUUCAAGCGAGGAAGAUAAAAUUGGCAACCGGUCAGAGAAUAAUAUUGUUCGACUGAAUUUGGAAAUCGGCUUACUUGGCGAAGAAUCAGAUAACUACUGUGAUGAUUUGGAUUUGGAACUCCGGCUAGGUUGUGCUUAA